AAGCAGCUUUUUAUUUUAAUUACAUAAAAUUUAGAUUUUUCAUGAAAAGGAGAAGUAUUGCGAUAAGGCCAUUUUUUGGCACCAGACAGUUAUCGACUGAACUACUCUUAAAAUGUUGUAAUAAAUGCCCCAAAUACGAAUCUGUGGUUAGUUAACCCAAAUGACCAUUCUCUGGGAUCAAGGGGUCCCCAAAGUUGCGAAUAAAAAAAUAAUUUUUGGAACCACUGAGUACUAUUUUCGAAAACUUUUGUAGCGUAAAAUAUUUGCUUGAACCCGUUAAACAUUAAACAAGGCAAUUUUUCCAUUUUCGACACUCGGGGGCAGAGAUUGGGGGGUUUUAAUUUUUGGAAAAUUUCUAAAUGACCUCCAUCCUACCAAAUUUUGAGCUCAAUAAAAUUUUGCGCUGUUACUCAAAAAUCCAAUUUUCCAAUUUUUCGUAAUUUCGAUAUUUUGGGAACCCCUGGAUAACUGUAAACCUGCGAUUUGCGCCAAACGUCACGUUUUGAGGCAUAUAUUCAAUUAUUUAGGUGAAAAAUUUUUAUUAAGGUCCCUGUAUAAUUAUUCGUAAUUUUGAAUCCUUUUUUUAGAGCCUCCCACUUUGGGCACCCCUGAAAAAGGCGAUUAUGCAUAUUUUUUCAAAUAAAUUGUAGAAUUUACAUUUGAAACACACUAGCCCGAGCUCGAUAAUUUUUCAUUCGAUUUUUCCUGUAACUUACAAAAUUGAGCUAUUUUGGGGCAAAUUCUCAGAUUUUACUCUUCGAAAAACUGUUAAGAUCACGUUUUCAUGAUUUCAACGAAGUAAAAUCUCAGAAUUUGGCCCAAAAAAGCUCAAUUUCGAAAGUUACAAGAAAAAUCGAAUGAAAAAUCAUCGAGCUCUAGCUGGUGUGUUUCAAAUGUAAAUUCUUCAAUUUAUUUGAAAAAAUAUGCAUAAUCGCCUUUUUCAGGGGUGCCCAAAGUGGGAGGCUCUAAAAAAAGGGUUCAAAAUUACGAAUUUACGGGAGCUUAAUUAAAGUUUUUCAUUUAGAUUAUUGAAUAUAUACGUCAAAACGUUACGUUUGACGCAAAUCAUAGGUUUCUAGUUUUCCAGGGGUUUCCAAAAUAUCGAAAUUACGAAAAAUUGGAAAAUUGGAUUUUCGAGUACCAGUGAAAAUUUGUAUUGAGCUCAAAAUUUGGUAGGAUGGAGGCCUUCCAGAUACUAAUAAACUGUAAAAAGCUUUUUGGCGGGGUUCAAAGGGUUAUGUCCGAAAUGGUGGUUCCAAAAUUUUCAAAAAUUUGAAACCCCCCAUUUCUGCCUCCAAGAGGCGAAAAUAGAAAAAUCUCCUCGCAUAACGUUCAUCGUGUUCAAACAGAUAUUUUAUGCUAAAAAAAAAUUGAAAAUAAUACUCGGUGGUUCCUAAAAUUAUUUUUUAUUCGCAAAUUUGGGGACCCCUGGAGCCCAAAAAAUGGUCAUUUCGGGUUAACUAAUAACGGAUUCGUAUUUGGAGCAUUUAUUACAGCAUUUUAAGAGUGGUUCAGUCGAUAACUGUCUGGUGCCAAAAAUUGGCCUUAUCGAUACUCCUCCUUUAGACGAUUUCGAAUUUUUGAAUAAAAACAUAAAUUCGGAGACUGAAAUUUGUAGAACCAUCAGCAUUUUGAUUUGAAAGGUCAAAAAUAAGAUAUGAACCAAAUUAUAGCUUUCUGUUUCGAUUUCAUCAAAUUUUAAUUUUAUAUAAAAAAAAUUCUGCGAUUUUGAAACUACUUACCUAACAAAAAGUUGAAAACUUUCAAAAAUCCACUGAAAGCUCCAGAACUGCUCAAAAUGGUUCGAUAUCGUUUCCAAUCGAUCCAGGGGGUCAAAAAUAAGAUACAUAUCAAAUUUCAGCUUUAUAGAUCAAUUUGGUAAACUUUUGAUUUUUUCACAUUUUUCACCCAAAGAUUUUCAAAAAUUCUUCAAAAAUCAAAUAAUUAAUUCAAACAUAUGAAAUUUUGGGCGUUGAUGUAUUUUUGCAUGAUCUUUAAAAUUAGAGGAGAGAGAUCGCCUUAUUAUUCUUCCUAGAACAUUUAAAAUGUUAAUACCUAUCAUAGAUUAUAAGUCUCUCUGUCUACUUGUAUACCCACCAUUCUAGUUUUUAUAACCGUUACGAAAUGGUGAAAAAAUGUGUAUAUUACGGAAACGCUUACACGACGAUUAAUAAUUAAUAAACGUGGUAAUUUUUAGGUAUCUACCUAAUUUGGCAGUUAUGGUGUUACUUAUCUCUCUAUUUAAAAAGAAAAUAAAAACCUUAUCGUCUUUUUUUGGGAAUUAAAUCGUAUCCUAAUUAGUAAACAAGAAUUAGUUUGAAUCAUUCCUUCACUUUGAUGUUUUACAUCGCGUCUUAAUGACCUGAGUACAUAAGUAUAUUCUUCUCAAUGAUUUAUUUUUACGAAGUUAUGUAUUACCUAGGUACUUAUAACGCAUUUUAUCGAUAGUGUGACCUGUAGUCUAUAAGUUGUGUAUUCGAUGCUUGAAUUUUAUGCGAAUAUCCGGAUAAUAUUUUCAUUCAGUUCGCAAUCGCGAAGUUUAUUUUUUACUCGGUUGGUUAUUCUCGUUCGCGUUGAUAACAAUGGCGAUAAAUUCGUUGCAUUUUAUCAAAAGUAUCACGGUCGAGCCGGCGAUUUUUUUAUACACUGCGGUCUACGUCAUAAUGCAACAAACCUUCAUGAAUUUACUGCUACAGAAAAAAUGUCGUUUUAAUUCCACCUUGGAACCGAAUCUGGAUACGAAUUGUGACGACGAAAAAAACGGAGUACUCUUUGUUACCGAAGUAAAUUCGCUGACUCGUCUGGUAAUGUUCCUAUUUUGCGGAGUUUUUGGCAUUUUAGCCAUGAGUUGGAGCGAUAUAGCUGGCAGACGUCGAAGACCAUUAUUUCUAUUACCGUUGAUUGGUUUAAUUUUUCAAGCAUUAACGGGUUGCUUGCAUUCGUUCUAUUGGCAUUGGGCACCUUUAUCUGCAGCUUGGACAACCACCUUGUUUGAAAUGAUAUCCGGUAGUUUGGUUUUGAUCACGUUAGUUUCGCAAACUUAUUUAUGCGAUGUGACCGAUUUGGAAACUCGUACUAUGAGGAUGGGAUUUUUAACAGCUUCUAGAACUCUAGGUGAUCUUAUAGGGUACGGUAGUGCUGGAUAUAUUUUACAUGGUGUAGGGUUCUUUUACACUUUUGUAUUAUGUUUCGUGUUGUCACUUUUGACAUUGGUGUUAGGGUUGAUUUUUGUCAAAGAUGUGUCAAUUAAUGUCGAUAAAAAGCUACACGUUUUGCAAUUUUUCAACUUGACGAGGGUUGUGGACAGUUUUCGGGUAGUUUUUAACAAAAAUUUGGCUAAUAAACGAAUAAUCGUGUCGAUUUUAUGCGCCAUAUUUGCUUUGGUGUAUUUUACUAUGCAAGGAGAAUAUAGUAUUCUGUACUUGUUUCUUCGGCUGAAAUUCCAUUGGAAGGAACGCGAUUAUAGCUUGUACAUAGUUUAUAGGCAAAUUGGAAUCGUUGUAGGAAGUUUAUUUUGCUCGAUCGUGUUGAGCAAAAUCUUAAAAAUGCAUGAUGGAUUAAUUGGCGUGUUCGCUGGCGUAUGGGACACUAUUGCUGUCAUUGGAUAUCUGCUUGCAACCCAAGAGUGGCAUAUUUAUUUAGUUCCUUUAUUCGAUAUCUUUCAUGGAACCGUUUUGUCAGUAAGCAUUUCAUUCUUUAGCAAGUUCUACAAAGAUGACGAGUUCGGGCACUUGAACUCAGUUCUCGCAGUGUUCGGAUUAGCAAUGCCAGCCUGUUUCCCAGCUUAUAACGCCAUUUUCCAGCGGACUGUGGAUGUUUUUCCUUCGGCCUAUUUUCUUUUGAGUAUUGUUUUAGACAUAGGAAUUGUUAUAUUGUAUUGGGCGACGUACAAGCUGAGCACAAAGAUGAUCCAGCCAAAAUCACCCACAAUUAAAGAAGAAAUGACUACGAAUACUUUGAUGUAUUGUACAAAAGACACGUUAGCAAGAGCUUAAAAACUAGGUAUUUUACCUCACCAGUUUGCGAGAAUUCAAGAAUAAAAUGAUCACUGACUUGGUGAUGUAUAAGCUUGAAGACUUUGACUUUGGCCUCCUACUCGAUUAAUAUGGCGAAGAGAAGAGUUGUCUGCACAAGUAGCUGAGUCCGCUAAAAGAAUAUUAUGAUGAUUAAAUAGAUUUCAUCCGACGUUUCAAACUGGUUUUGCAAUAAACGAACCUUGCAUUAUUUUGGGGUAAGCAGGGAGGGAUAGGGUAUUUGUUUGAAAUUAUCUGUAAAUGUUUGUCAAUUUAUAACCUAAGAUGAAUAUCACUCGCUUAUAAAUGUACAGAGUAAUUCUAAUAAAAUUGAAAAAAGUGAGAGAACAAUUUGUGCUCAAAAUUUUGCUCAGAAUUUUUGUCAAGGGAUUCUUCUGCUGAAUAAUUUAGACAGCCGUUACAAUUUCACCCAUGAUUCUGCACCCUUAAAGGUCGUGGCGAAAGAGAGCUUGAUAUUUUUGAACAUUUCUUCGAAUGUUUCAAAAAGCUUAUUUGCACAAUUUAGGAGACAUAUUAUUUUUAAUGAAAUCGGUCAAUUGUGUUCAUGUAUUUUCGACUAUCCGUGAAAUUUUAUAUGUCACCACUCCCCUGCCAACCAAGACUUUUUUUCAUGCUUUAAAUCAAAAAAUCGCAUUUUUUGCAAACUUUAAAUUUUUUAAAUCGACUUUACGAAGUAAUGCCAUCCAAAUUUUAUUUUAAUAUGUCGUUCAGCAUGAAAAGUUGUCCAUAAUAUAUCUUUUUCAGGACUUUGAUAUGAGGAAAUAUGCCUUCAUCACGUAAGGGAUGAUUAAUAAAAGCAUCGCCGUAGUGAUGAGUAUAAGAAACAUCGCCGUAGCGAGGAUUAAAAUAACAACUCCCAAAGACUGCGCAAGUCUGGUAAUGUGAGAACUUCUUCUAAUACAUUUUGAUGACAAUUCAAUGUCAUCAAUAGCCGCGCAUCGAACGAUGCACCUACGACUAUAAAUUGAGCAACACAGCCACGAGCCGAACUAGUUGCAGUUGUUGUAUUUUCGGGCAAGUUGCAUUCCCAAUUAAGCUGCAUCUCCUACUCGGUGGUCGCAAGACUACCGAGUAGUUACAUCUAACAUGAUUUGAAUUUAAUUAGAUCUCGUAUUCGGCGAACGCGCGAGCCGGUUCUUGGUCUCAAAGUGUAUUUAUGUAAGUUAGAAGCGGAUGAGUUCCCUCUACAAGGACACUCAUCUCCUAUUUUUUCCGAUCUCGCCCACUUCUAUAGUGGUUAAUAUUAUUUCGCUUCGUGAUUAAAAUUAUCGAUCGUAAUUCUUCACGUUCUCUAUUGGGUAUGUUUCCCAUCCUGCCGGCCAUCGGAACAUACUUCUCGUCUGGAAAAGCACCCUCAGUAAAAACAACCAACCCCUGCCGACCAUGUCUAGUAUUAGGGACAUACCGAAGAGGCAGGAAAUAUGGACAGUUUGUGAACCUGGUGAGAAAGUCACCUGCAUUAAUAACACAUUUUCUAGGAAAUGUGUACAGUUUCAAUGGGUAAGCAAUUACCACCCUCAUUAUCUAUUAACGAAUAUUAAUUAUUACAUAAUAUGCCAACUCGAGUCUAAGGUAGUAAAAUCAUUUUAUACUCGAUUAACCGAUAGAAUAUGUAUCUUUAAUCAUGUUUCCGAGCAACAAUAAAUCAUAUUAUCUUGUA